AUGAAGAAUCUAAAGACACGAGCUAUGUUAGAAAAGUCCGAAUACGGGGAACCUCAUGCAUCAACUCUACCUAGAGUAACGUUUCAUCAACUCCAAGUGCGAACUGAAGAAGGUGCUUCCGCCCAACUACCAUGCGUAGCUCAAGGAAGUCCUCCGCCCUCAUACAGAUGGAUGAAAGAUAUAAAUGGAGUUCUAAGACUUGUGAAAGAGGACGGGAGAAUAUGGAUUAGCCAAGGUAUUUUGAAUAUAAAGAAAGUUAUACAUUCGGAUGGAGGCAAAUACCAGUGCAUUAUUCGGAACAGUAUUGGAGAAAAAAGAAUUGAGAGUGCUCUAAUAGUUACAGCUCCUUUGGCUGUUCAUCUCCGACCUCCACAUCAAGUGCUGAACAUCGGCCAAGAGGCCACAUUCAAUUGUAACGUUACCGGAUAUCCCGUUCAUUCAGUCACGUGGAGGAAAGACCAACGUCAGCUGGCUGCUUCUAGUCGAGUGCGACUCCUGUCACGCGAUGUACUGCACAUCACAUCAGUUAGAAGGGAAGACAGAGGAAUGUACCAGUGUUUCGUUUAUAAUGAAGCCGAUGCAGCGCAGGGAACGGCAGAACUCAAGAUAUCAGAUGUAGCACCAACGCUAAUCUCAGUAUUUCCCGAACACACUGCCCAUUCGGGAGAAGCGAUAUCCCUGAAAUGUAUAUCUACAGGAAAUCCAGUUCCACGAGUCACGUGGUAUUUGGACGGAUCCGUGAUUGGUCAGAGCCCCCGUAUCACAGCUGGGGAUUACGUCAGCGAGCUUGGACAUGUGGUUAGCUUCCUGAAUAUCAGUGAAACACGAGUGGAGGACAGUGGCGAAUAUCAAUGUCACGUGAGCAAUGAUGUUGGGUCUGUCCAUCAUGCUAGUCGACUCAAUAUCUAUGGCCCACCAUUUGUAAGACGCAUGCCAAAUGUGACUGCCAUUUCAGGAGAGGAAUUGAUCAUUAGAUGCCCUUAUGGAGGUCAUCCGAUUAAAGGAAUCCGAUGGCUCAAAGGUGGAAUUCUGCUGCCUCUUAACCAUCGCCAAAAGAUAAAUCAUGGUGGUAGUUUGACUAUCCAAAGUGUUGAACCAGAAGCAGAUAAAGGAGAAUACACAUGUGUGGUCAGAGACAGUGAAGGAGAGACUGCAUCAUCAUCUACAUACGUAUCAGUUGUUGUUUCUCCUGUUAUUGAACCCCAUUUCUUCAGAGAAAGUGUUACAGUCGAUGAAGGUUCGAGGACCAAACUCAUGUGUGUUGUCACGAAAGGUGAUCAACCGUUGCGGUUUCACUGGUUGAAGAAUGGCCUACCAUUUUUAGCACACGGUGACACAACAGUGCAAACAUUCGAGGAUUCAUCCAUAGUGACUUUCAAGAAAGUUGCAUCUGGAGACAGAGGUCAUUACACUUGUGUUGCAGCGAACAUGGCAGCUUCCACUAACUUGACUAUGCAAUUAAUUGUGAAUGUUCCGCCUCAAUGGACAGUGGAGCCACGGAAUACAUCUGUGAUCUUGGGUAAUACAGUGUGGAUGGACUGCGCUGCUGUUGGGUUUCCUGCUCCAAACAUACUCUGGAAAAAAAUGAUUUUUACAGAAAGCACAGCUGGAGACUUUACUUACGUUCAUUCCAGUCCUCGGGCUCAUCGUUACAACAACGGUACGUUGGUACUAUCCGACGUGGAAGAAAAUGAUGCAGGGUCCUACUUAUGCCAAGCAAGCAAUAGCAUUGGUGCCGGACUCAGCAAAAUCAUCACGUUACAAGUCUUAGUUCCUCCGCGAUUUAAGGAUCCAUUCCAGACCAAAACAGUCACCGAAGGAAUAGGAUUGACGCUUACCUGUACUGCUGUAGGUGAUGAGCCGAUUGUCAUCAAAUGGCUAAAGAAUAAAUCUCUGAUAGACGCUAAGAAGUUAACAAGAUAUUCUAUUAGAGAUACCGCUUCAAAAAUGGAAACAACUUCAGAGCUACAUAUAGCUACGUCAUCUCGAAAUGACACAGGAAUGUACACAUGCGCUGCAGUUAGUGAAAUUGGUGCGGAUGAAGCUGGAAUAAAAUUAAUUGUACAAGGAAAGCCAGAUGCUCCAUCUAAUGUGUCCGUUAUCAACGUGACAAGCAGAUCUAUAAGUCUUCAGUGGGAAGUGCUGGACAAUGGAAAUAGUCACAUUACUGGCAGCAUUGUCCAGUAUCAAACAUUCUCAGACAAAAAUUGGAAUGGUCAAACUUCUCAACUGAUUGUGUCAAGUGCAGAUACAAGUGCUACUCUACGUGGGUUAGUACCUGUCACAACGUAUUAUGUAAGAAUUAUAGCUGAAAAUGCUCUUGGUAGAAGUCAACCAAGUGAUGUAUUAGAAAUAACAACGGAAGAAGAAGCUCCAUCAGGUGCUCCAACUGAAGUACAUGUACAUUCAACUGGUGCUCAAUCAAUGAAAGUCACCUGGAAACCGCCACCUGAAGAGACUAGAAACGGAGUCAUCAAGGGCUAUUAUGUUGGCUACAAGAUGUCUGCGAGCCAAGAACCUUAUACUUUUAAAAAAUUUGAGAAAGCUCAAGAACAGCUGUCGACAUACAUUACGGGCCUUCAGCCUUUUACACAAUACGACAUUGUUAUCAAAGCUUUCAACUCUGCUGGAGCCGGUCCAGAAUCUACGAAGAUCAUUGGAAAAACAUUAGAGACAGCUCCACCAACGUCGCCAGUAGUUCAGAUAAUUUCAACAACUUCGUCUUCAAUUGAUUUUAAAUGGGAGAAAGACGCUAAAGACAAAUCUGCAAUUACAGAAUACACUCUGCAUUAUAAAACUGACGAUGGAGAAUGGCAACAGCAGCGGCUAGGUAGUAGGCAAGACCAUUACACCCUCAAUGGUGUUCGAUGUGGCACUCGUUACCACUUAUACAUGACAGCUUCUAACAGUCUAGGAACAGGAGAACCAAGCAAAUCUGUUUCGGCUCGAACUUUAGGAGCAGCUCCUAUGUCACCUCAUGAAUCAGCCUUCCUCCAACCCAAUUCGACCUCAGUGACUUUGAAUCUUAGAGCCUGGCAAAGCGGUGGUUGCCCCAUCCGACAUUUUGUUGUGCAGCAUCGCCCUAAAUACCAGAACCAAUGGACUACUGUAUCCGAGAAAUUGGAUAUGCCGAGGGACUUUUAUGUGGUCCGGCAUCUUUCGCCGGACAGAGAAUACGUCGUCAUGGUAACCGCUCACAGUGAUGCAGGACUCACGCAAGGGGAAUAUUUGUUCCGGACGUUACCUGCAUCAGCAAUAGUGCCAACUUCUUCUCCUGCCUUCGGCAAACGAGAAACGGAUUUGCCUUUCUACAAGAAUGUGACGCUUGUAAUACCAAUUGUAGUUUCAUCUUUGGUGCUUGUCAUCGUUAUUUUUAUCGUUAUAGUUUGUCUCCGAAAGCAUUCCGAAGAUAGAGAAGGAAGAUUAGAUUAUGAAAAUAGGAAAGAUGCGUUAAUGAUGAGCGAUAUGAACAAACAACUCAACAUCAAAUCAUCGAAACCAUCUCAUUAUUCUUGUCCUGCAGGUGAGUU